AUGUCGUGGCUGUUAGGCGAGAAAUGGCGGUCUCCCCCCGUGGCGGGGGAUGGAGGCCCGGCCCUGCCGCCCCCUCCCUCCGCCGGCGGCCCCGCAGCGGGGGACGGAGCCGGGGACCGGCACACGCCCAAGGACAAAUGGAGCAACUUUGACCCCACCGGGCUGGAGCGGGCGGCCAAGGCGGCCAGGGAGCUGGAGGCCUCCCGCCAUGCAAAAGAUGCUCUUAGUCUUGCUCAGCUGCAGGAACAGACAUUGCAAAUGGAGCAGCAGUCCAAAAUUAAGGAAUAUGAGGCAGCCAUUGAACAGCUGAAGAAUGAACACAUCCGGGUACAAGGAGAUGAGAAAAGAAAGACACUAAGUGAAGAAACCAGACAGCAUCAAGCGAGGGCCCAAUAUCAGGACAACCUGGCAAGGCAGCGCUAUGAAGCGCAGCUGCGGCAGCAGCAACUCCUUAAUGAAGAGAACUUGAGGAAGCAGGAGGAAUCUGUGCAGAAGCAGGAAGCAAUGAAGCGAGCCACUGUGGAGCGGGAGAUGGAGUUGCGGCACAAGAAUGAGAUGCUGCGUAUCGAAGCAGAAGUGCGAGCCCGCGCAAAGGCUGAGCGUGAGAACGCAGACCUCAUUCGGGAGCAGAUCCGCCUGAAAGCUGCUGAGCAUCGCCAGACAGUGUUAGAUUCCCUCAAGACAGCGGGUACGUUGUUUGGAGAAGGAUUUCGUGCCUUUGUAACAGACUGGGAUAAAGUUACAGCCACGGUGGCAGGUCUGACCCUGCUGGCAGUGGGGAUUUACACGGCCAAGAACGCUACUGGGGUUGCAGGGCGGUACAUAGAAGCUCGUCUGGGCAAGCCCUCCCUGGUGCGAGAGACCUCGCGCAUUACUGUCCUGGAGGCACUCAAGCAUCCCAUCAAGGUUGGCAAGCGUCUUACCAGCAAGGCUCAAGAUGCUCUUGAAGGAGUUGUUCUCAGCCCCAAGCUGGAGGAGCGGGUGAGAGACAUUGCCAUAGCAACACGAAAUACAAGAAACAACAAAAGUUUGUACAGGAAUAUCCUUAUGUAUGGCCCGCCUGGUACUGGGAAGACUCUCUUUGCCAAGAAAUUAGCCAUGCAUUCAGGCAUGGAUUAUGCCAUCAUGACAGGUGGCGAUGUUGCCCCCAUGGGGCGGGAAGGAGUUACUGCCAUGCACAAAGUCUUUGACUGGGCUAACACAAGUAAGAGAGGCCUCUUGCUGUUUGUAGAUGAAGCAGAUGCAUUCCUACGGAAGAGGGCAACAGAGAAAAUCAGUGAAGACCUAAGAGCGACAUUGAAUGCAUUUCUGCACAGGACGGGACAGCACAGCAACAAGUUUAUGCUUGUUUUAGCAAGCAACCAGCCCGAGCAGUUUGACUGGGCCAUCAACGACCGAAUCGAUGAAAUGGUGAACUUUGACCUACCGCAACUACAAGAGCGGGAGCGUCUGGUGAGGAUGUAUUUUGAUAAGCACGUCUUGAAGCCUGCCACAGAGAGGAAACAGCGUCUAAAGCUGGCCGAGUUUGACUACGGGGCAAAGUGUUCUGAGAUUGCCAAGUUGACGGAGGGCAUGUCUGGCCGAGAGAUCUCCCAACUCGCCGUGGCGUGGCAGGCUGCAGCCUAUGCGUCCGAGGACGGCGUCCUGACCGAGGCCAUGAUCGAUGCCCGCGUGGCCGACGCGGUGCAGCAGCACAAGCAGAAGAUGGAGUGGCUGAAAGCGGAGGGCACAGACCCGGGCAAGGAGGCUGGCAAGAGCCAACGGCUGCCUCUCCCCGUGGGGCUGGCUGUCUGAGAAGCUGCAGACUGGUGUGCGUGGGGAGGGCGGCGGGGAAUGACGUCGGAGGGUCAGUUGGCCGGCCGUGUUGGUGGAAUCAUGUGCUGGAGAUGGGCGCCCAGUGGUGCCAGCCGUGCAGAGAUGGGAGCUGCCCAGGCCCUGCCCUCUCAAUUUUAUACUUUUAGCGAACACCAGAAAUAAAUGUGUCUUUUAAAGCAGGCUGAAGAAGCCGCCACAUUAAAGGAGCCCCCUUG